AUGAAAAUAGGAUUCGUAUUCUUUCUCUGUGCACUAACUGGUCUCAUCGCAGAAGCUCGUCGGGUUGAAAAUCUCCCCCAGUUUUCUGAAUCGCUGUUUGAACCCUCAGAACCAGCAGUUAAACAGGAACCAGUUGAAGAAAAUGUUACACUAGAAGAGGCUGAUGGGCAUAUUUCUACUGCAGAAUUUGAGGAAUCGACAACGGAGUCAUCUUUUUAUUCUUCUGAAACAUCAACUCCUUUGGAGUCCCAAAUCGACAUGAAUUCUGCUAUUUCCUCGUCAGCGACAAUUUCAACGAUGGAGCCAAUGAUAACUUUAGCCUACACUGAUGACUUCCACCCUGAUCCCUUCCUAGCUGCUGCAAUCAAAGCUGCUGAAAGUCCUAUUUAUCAAAGGAUCCGAGAACCACCAUCUGAAGGGUAUAACUACGAUUUUUUGCAGGAAAUGUAA